CUGGAAUUAAUAAUCAACAAAACGACGUAGCAGCUUUUCAACAUUUGAAGCGGAUUCCUGUCAUCACUGUCAUCAGGACACUGCGACCUGUUGGAAAUGUGGAUAUUGUCGUCUGAUGGUGAUUUCCUUCUCGGCAAACGAGUAUGGCUGAAGCCUGGGAAGAAGUAUCUGUUUGGCCGAGUGAAAAGGAACGGAGUGUGCCAUGCAAUCAACAACACAACCAUCUCUCGACAGCAUUUGGUUAUCGAAGUUGGCCAAGUAAAGCCAGGGGCAGGAUUGCAAAUCCACUCGAAAUCGCGGCUCAUCGUUACCGACCUAAAGACGAAAUGUGGGACAAUAGUCGACGGAGAAUCGAUCCAGGGCUCGAGCAAGGAGCUUAACAAGGACGAUCAUGUAAUCCAGAUUGGGAAAUAUCCGCACGUUCUAAGGAUUAAGUGGCACCCUGUCGUUCUGACCUUCUCGUUUCCGUCCAAGGCGAAGGAUCCACUCAAGGAAGUUCUCUGUCGCCUCGAAGGCCUUGAUAUUAAAACAAUCAUCCCCUACGUGGUCGAUAAGACCACCCACGUUGUUCAAACCAGACGCAAUACCGCGAAAGGGCUUCAGGCGUUGAUUAAUGGAAGAUACAUCGUUCAAAAAUCCUACAUUGAGGCCAUUGUAUACGCCACCACCCCAGGAGACCUCGGGAGUGAAGAGGCUAUUUGUCCUCUAGAGGAAGAUUUUGAUGCUGCCUGGCCAGAUCCGACACAAUACCUACCGCCGAAGGGCAGGGAACCUACCCAGAGGCCAGACGCGGCAUAUGAACCAAACCCGAAUAGAAUCAACGUAUUCGAGGGAUAUACAUUUAUCUUCUGCGAUGCUAAUAGAUUCGAGGAUUUACAGGGACCAAUUACAAACGGCCAUGGAAAAGCUUUGCUAUACGAUAUGGAGCGGGGGAGAACCACCGCAGAUGAUGAUAGUGAGUUACAUGGAACAAGUUGCGGGGAAUAAGGGGCUGGGAA